AGUUCACAACCCGACAGCGGUAAUCCUACAAUAGAUGAAGACGAAUGGCGGUUCCCUCAGACACAACAAGUAAAACAUCUUGGUGAAAUCUUCUGCGGGGGUCUGUAACGGUGGACAUACUAAAGUUGACCACAUCAAAUUUGAAAGGUAAAAAUAGACAAUUAAGAUAAUAAAGGAUCUCACUCACUUUCCCAAGUUGUUUUCCCUCCAAAGAAGUGAUGACUGCUUAAUGAUGUGGUCAUUUAAAGGGAUAGUCAAUAAUAACAGGAUGGACAAUAGAUUGAGGGACAAGCUGAUAUAUUAAACAAUGAAAAAAAAUCAUGUAUGGUAAGUGUUGUAUUAAUCAUGAAAUUGGGAUACACAAGGCUGGGGACAUAUAGUGAUAUAUGGUGAAAAAUAGUAAAUGUAAAACCCUGUAAAAUGUCUCAAAUUACUUUUUUUAAAAUCAAUUUCAAUAUACUUAGAGCUCAAAUGGUGUUAUGUAUGACUAAGACAGCUUUAAAAUGGAUAUGGUUCAACAUUUUAAGGCAGUAAAAUCAUUAUAUUUACUAGGGACACAAAAGGCUCUGAAUCCCAGGACAGAUGAGCACACUAUAGUAUGCUAAAAAAGGUUAAAUAACCAGGAGAAGAAGAAGCAACUUGAGGAAUUACUACUACUGACAUACUAUUGUAAAGAUGGAGUUUAAGGAAGAACACUGCGGAAUAAAAGAUGAAGAUACAGAGGAACAAAUAGACCUGAUGGAACAAAGUGAAGUGGAGGAGAAACACGGCACACACCUUCUCACCACACAACAAAAGACUCAAAGACAAGGAGCCGAAUGUUCUUUCACCUGCUUUCAGUGUGGAAAGAGACUCGCAUCUAAACCAGGCUUGAAGAUUCACAUGAGAAUCCACACUAAAGAGAAACCCUUCACAUGCCAUCAGUGUGGAAAGAGCUUCCCAUGGGCAUGUAGUCUCAAAACUCAUCUGCUGUUUCACUCAGGAGAAAGAUCAUUUAGCUGUGAUCAGUGUGACAAGAAAUUUACUUUGCCAAUGCAACUGAGAAGACACAUGAAAAGUCAUGGAGAUGAGAAGCCUCACGUGUGUUCUGAUUGUGGAAAGAGUUUUGCACUCCUCCAAUAUUUAAAAAUUCACCAGAAUAUUCAUCUGGGUGUGAAACCUCAUGUGUGCUUUGACUGCGGGAAGAGCUUUACUAGAUCCAGUGACUUAAAAUCACACCAGAGGGUUCAUACUGGAGAGAGACCGUACAUGUGCUCACACUGUGGAAAGAGUUUCUCUCAUUCAUCAUCAUUGAAAGAUCAUGAGAGAAUCCAUACUGGAGAGAAGCCGUUUCAGUGCUCUUCAUGUGGGAAGAGUUUCAACCAAUUAUCUGGUCUACGAACUCAUAUGAAAUUGCAUUGCCCAAUGUUGUCUAAGUGAUUAAAGUUCACAAUCAGAUCAAUAACUUUCAAUUAAAUAGUUCAAUAUUCAGAUAUGGCAAAAGGUGGAAUUUCAACAGAAUUACUUCAUUUAAAGGGCAACUAUUAUGCAAAACUAAUUUUUACAUGGUGUUUGAACAUAAAUGUGUGUCGGCAGUGUGUGUACACUACACAACCACCCUACAAUGGUAAAAAUAUACCCACUAAUUUUUUUAUCCCCAUAAGUCAUAAGCAGUGUUUCAGAACAAGCCGUUUCCAGAUUCUAUCAUUUGUGACAUCACAUAUGUUUAGGCCCCGCCCACAACUGCUGAUGGACUUCAGCUUUACACUGUCUGCCAUCUCCUCGCCAGAGCAUUUAACAGCAGCAUUCAAGUAAGAAAUGCAUUCUUGUUAAAGCUAUUAAAGUUAUUCAGUACAAAAGUAUCAGGCAUUUUGGAGACACAACAAGUGGACAGGGAAAGAAAUUAUCUGUCUAUUUCUAUAUCAUAUAUCUUUUUUCAUUACAUGUUGCCCUAAGAAAGAAAAUUGUCUGAUGAAGAGCCAAACGGCUUGAAACGUCACACAUUUGUAUGAACAUGAAAUAAAAAGUAUAUACUUUAUACUUUUGGAGCUGGGGUGUGCCAACUUUUUCUUUCUUUUUAUUGUUUGCACACUCAUUGAGCUUUUUGUUGCCAGUCAGAUGUGCACACUUUUUAAAAACAAAUUUAUGUUGCCUUAAGAAUACAUUAAUAUGCAAAUUUAAUGUAUAGAGGCAUUGCAUAGAAUAGGAAUAGCAUUGAUAGCCAUGUUUACGUGCAUAUUGUAAAAAGUAAAAUGGUAUAUCAAAUCAUUCUAAUCAUCUUUAUACAAAGUUUGGAUAUAAAAACCCUAAAAAUUGAUUGGUGAAUAAAAAAAAUGUUUUUGCCUAUUUGUCUUUUCAUGUCUUUUAAUUUUCUUAAUAAAUGGUUCCUGGUGUCCUCUACAGAGGAUGUAGCAUAGCUGUUAAAUAAUUUCUUAUUUCUUGGGCUUCACUUUUUGACUUUCUCUGUGUCUUGGGAUUUUUCCAUUGUGCACAUCAUGUUCCUACCUAGAAAAAACAAGAAGUAGUAGUCCUUGGACACACCGACACUCUCACACACAACCAGAAGUUGAAGACACACACAUUUACGCACAUACAUUUCUUAUUUGUUAUUAUAUUUCUUGAAAUGCCAUACAUGGUAAGGUUUGAUUCUUAAGACAUGAUUGGAUGCUCAUGCCAUCCUGGAGAUUGUUGUUUGACCUAUGUCUAUAAAUAUGACCCUUCUUCCUGAAUAAAUCUGAGAAUGCUUUGUACC